CGAACACCUGUUUGUGUUAUGAAAACAAACAAACACACGUGCGCAAACAAAACAAACAAACGCACGUUGGACUUAUCAUUGUCAAAAGUUUUUUUUUAAACAAAAUUUAAUAUGGAAUUGUUUGCGGUUAAUAGGUUUGAUGAAAAUAAGCUCAGCGUCGAAGAUGAAGCCGAACAAGAAACGUUGAUUUUACAUCGUCUUCAAUCGCGCAAAAGCAAAGCUAAGCGGAUAGAACAACCACCUCAAGAACUAGAGAGCAACCAAGUUGACAGUAAUGGGUUGAAUGAAGAGGUAACUCAACUAGUUGAACCGGAAGAAUUAUUUGAAGAGGAACUUCCUGUUCCAAGUGAGGACACGGAUGAUGUCGUCAAGCAUGAUUCCUUGCGCGAGGACGAACCAUCCAAAUUUGUCGUUCUAGGCGAUAACCGUUUCAGAAAACAGAAACAGGUUGAUGAUGUGCUUCCCCCGUGGUUGUCCCAUCCCACCAUCAUUGACAGCGAUCUAAGCAAGAAAGGAAAGUCCAUAAAGAAAAUGUUAUCUCUGGAUGCGCAUUUGCGAAACAAUUUGAAGGAAAUGGGCUACAGAAGACUGUUUCCUGUUCAGGAAACGGUUAUUCCUUGGAUUUUGGAAGCCCAUCGGAAACCGGCCCCAUUCUGGCCCAGGGAUGUGUGUAUAUCAUCACCGACUGGUAGUGGAAAAACUCUUGCCUUUGCAAUUCCGGUCGUUCAACUCCUGAUGAAGAGAAUUUCACCAGCAGUACGGGCAUUGGUUAUCUUACCGGUGAAAGAGUUGGCUGAUCAGGUCUUCGGGGUCUUUGACAAACUUUGCAAAGGCACCAAACUACGCCCUCUAUUGCUAUCCCGUAAGCAAGUUUUCAGCGUUGAACAAACUAAGUUGGUUGAUCAGUUCAAUGGAGAAUACAUAUCCAAAGUAGACAUAGUGGUGACUACGGCUGGACGAUUGGUGGAGCAUCUGCACUCAACCAAAGGCUUCACGUUAAAGAAUCUUCGUUUUUUGAUCAUUGAUGAAGCGGAUCGUGUGAUGGAUCAAAUUCAAAACGAUUGGUUGUAUCACCUUAAUAAACACGUCAAAGAUGAAUCGGAUGAGUAUCUUCUGGGUAGGGCAGCGGGUCAGCUGUCCCAAACAGAACUUUUCGACAAGCCACGCCAGCCACACAAAUUAUUAUUCUCCGCUACGCUUAGUCAAGAUCCAGAGAAACUUCAAACCUUUAGACUAUUUCAUCCAAAGUUGUUCACUGCCGUGGCAGAUCCUGCGAAACGUUUGGCAGCUCUCGAGAAACAACAUGCCAACAACGACGAAAAGCGUGGUAAAUUUAUUGGACAGUACGCAACACCACUGGAGCUACGCGAGCUUGUAUGUAUGACUCAGUACAAAAUAAAACCGUUGACUUUGUUCGCAUUGCUGAAGGAAAAUAACUACAGACGGUUUCUGUGUUUCACCAAUUCAAUCGAUGCAUCCCAUCGGCUGUCCUUUGUCCUGCAGAAAAUGUUCGGCAAUGAGUUGAUUGUUGAAGAAUGGUCUUCUUCGCUGAACCCAGCCACUAGAAAAGGCGUGCUAAAUCGAUUCGCACUGGGAAAAGUUAACGGAAUUAUUUGUACGGAUGCACUUGCACGAGGAAUUGACAUAGAUGACAUCGAUGUGGUAAUAUCAUAUGAUAUGCCUAGACACAUCAACACUUACAUCCAUCGGAUUGGUCGUACGGGUCGAGCAGGAAACCGAGGAACUUCUAUUACCAUGCUGAUCGAUGAAGAGAGGAAGAAAUUUAAUGGCACACUCGCUGAGGUUGGGAAGAGCGAAUUAGAGACAAUUGAAAUUCAAUCAAAUGCCGAAGAGGUGUAUGCGAUGUUGUACUCGAGCGCACUGAAUGAUCUUCGCGAAGCACUUGAUUUAGAAAAACAGACAAUAAAUAAAAUUCGUAACGGAAUGUCAAUUGCUGGCAUGACCAAAGUCAAUUUGUUGAGCAAGCUGAAAGAUCGGAUUGACAUUGAUCACACAAACUCAACUGAAACAAUAAAAUCGCUGAUACAUCUUCCAAAAGCCUGGACAAAUGAAGCCAUUGAAAAACGAGCUGGCGAAUCCGGAGAAAGAAAAAGGAAACAGAAACGCACGGCUGAAGCUUCCGAAGGUGGUGCAGUCCAAACAGAUGCACCAAAUGCUACUGAAUCAGCAAAGAAACGAAAAGUUAGUGAGGAAGUUUUAUCUGGAGAAAAACGAAAUAAAUCUAAAGCGCGAAACAAGCAGGAACAUAACGCUAACGCAUCACAUAAUGCAAGAUAGGGUAAAACUCAGCGU